GCAAAUCUCCUUCACCAAGACAAAAUAUGCCAGUUCGGUACUUUAUAAUGAAAAGUAGCAACCUGCAAAACAUUGAUAUUUCUCAACAGAAGGGAAUAUGGUCCACUACACCAAGUAAUGAACGGAAACUGAAUGGAGCCUUUUGGGAGAGCAGCAUGGUUUACUUAAUAUUUUCUGUUCAAGGGUCUGGAUGCUUUCAGGGUUUUGCCAGAAUGGGUUCAGCGAUUGGGUGUGAGAAAAGUCAGGACUGGGGAUCUGCUGGUUUUGGAGGUGUAUUUAAGGUGGACUGGAUCCGAAAAGAAAGCAUUCCUUUUCAGUUUGCACACCACUUGCUCAACCCGUGGAAUGACAGUAAGAAAGUACAGAUAAGUAGAGACGGCCAGGAGCUGGAACCACAAGUUGGAGAGCAGUUGCUGCAGCUUUGGGACCAUAUUCCUUUGGCAGGAAAAAAACUGCCUGAGCAUGCCAAGUCAUACGACAGAGCUGGUUUAGGUUGUUGAAACAUCAGCCAUGAGAACUAGCAGCACGUCUACAACAAAGAUGAGGAAGAAGGUGAUACAACAAACUCCUGACAUUCUUCAUCAUGCUGUGCAGCUAGAAGUGGAAAAAUAAGAGGGAAUUGUGUUGGUUUCAGUGUUUAUUUGCCAGUCUGUUUUUUGACUGAGUUAUUUUUCUUACAGUAUUGUGCAGUUGAUACUUAAAAAUACAGUUAAGUUCAAAACAAAGUUUGAAACAGUGGACCUCGUGUAAGUUGUCUGAGUUUAAAAUAGCAUAGCAGUCAGUUUAAAUAUGCAGUUUACAGUUAAAGUUUUCUCAACCCAGUAAAAAGUAUGAGAAUGUAAAAGUCUUGCAGUUCAGUUAAAAAGACCCCUAACUCCAAAUAUGUUCAUUAAUAUUGAAUUUAAUUAUUUUAAAUUAUUAUAAUUUCAAAGAAAAAUUGUGUUUCCGGUUUCAGUUAUUUUUCACCUCAUUUAAGACGUGACUCACACCUUGAGAAGCUGAAGCAGCCUUUCAGAGGCCUGCGGCCAAAUGAUACUUCAAUAGUUCACUAAUUUAGGCACUGCUGGAAGAUUUGUAUUUCUUUUAAAAAGAAUAAAAAU